CAUCCUGUGAGGAAAAAUAUGGCCGCAAGUGUGUUUUUCCUGAGAGUGGUGGCGGGCUACAGACACGGCCUUAUCUGGCCCAGAGGGGAGGAUGUGGUCAGCUCUGGGGGGCUUUUGUUGACGGGCUGACUGGCUGCUACUGCUGCUGCUGGCGUCGUUGCGGCACGGGGCCCAUUGUUACCGCCGGGCUGACGAACCCUCACUCCCCUUCGGGGAGGUAUAAGAACAGCAGACUGACAUACUUUUUAGUCGAUAUUCGGGCCAACUGGAUGAGCAGCGAUGAAUUCGUACCAGGAGGCUCAGUCUGAUUUGGAGGUGAUUUUAGAAUUCCUGGAGGAGUACCACAAACAAAAUAGGGAAAACAACGGUGUGCAGGAAGAUGCAACCAGUGUGGACAACGACACUUGGGAGCAAUGCUGGAGGCCUUGUGAGCCACCGAGCAUCCCAGUUGGCCCCGAGGCGGUGCCAUGCGAGCCCUCAGCCACCUCCGUGACCACGAGACAAUUAAGCAAACAACAGGCCUCGGUAGCAGGCAGCGGUAGGAAGCUUCGCCUUUUUCACUUCCUCUUCGAGAUGCUUGAGGACCCCACGAUGGCCCACUGCGUCUCCUGGGUGCCGUCGUCCUCGGGCGUCUUCCGCUUUUCCGCCCGCAACAAGGACCAGCUGGCGGCGCUGUGGGGCCAAAGGAAAGGCAACAAACGACCCAUGACGUACCAGAAGAUGUCGCGUGCCCUGCGGAACUACGCCCGCUCGGGCGAGAUUGUCAAGGUGAAAAAGAAGCUCACCUACCAGUUCAGCGAGCACACCCUGAUGCUGCUGCACAAGCGUCACCGUGAAGAUCUGUAG